AUGGCUGAAUCUCGUCCGGCUCCGGGUGUGCAAAGGCAAAGUCCGGCGGCAUCAGCAGAUCCACGUUCAAAUCUAACUAGAAAUAUAUCGGCAGCAUCAUUAGACGCUGCAGUAGUCCCUGACUUAGCGAACCCCCUAUUAAGGGUCCCCUCUCAAGCACAACGUGAUCGGCAGGCUGUCAGGGAAGCGCAUUCAUCUCCUAGAAGAGGAGGCGAUGCACAUUCCGGCAACAGCGGUCCAAGACCUGGCGAGCAAAGUGGUCCUCAAGCUAGUGGAGGUGCUCGCUCGCAAUCUGGUCGGGGUGCACAGCCUCAAUCUGGCGAGGUAACAGCAUCUCAAAGAGCAAAAGAUCCGUAUCGACAUAGCCUUCUGGUAGACCGUCUGAAAAGCAAGGGCCACAUCGCACAGGGAAAGCAGCUUCUCUCACGGGCCGAUUCGCUGGUGAGGAAAGAGCCCAAAACCGCGUCUGACAUGGAUAUGGCCAACGAGUUACGCAAACGGGGUGACUAUCUAUGCAAAGAAGGCACCGAUAGUGCCUUAAGGCUCGAACAAGAAUUCCUAUCUUCUUACAGCCCGACCAUGAAAGACUUCUACACCCCUGCCCAGGUUACAUAUUGCACUGCCAUCAGAGACGUGUUGAGGGGAGAAGCCGAUGCCGAAAAGCGCCUGGAAAGGUUCCGUGCACGUCUGCGGACUCUGUCGUCCGGUUCUACCGUCGAAUCAGAUGCCAACCUACGAUGUGAAUAUGUCCAGGUCAUCGACCAAGAACUGAGAUUGAUUGCAGGUACGCCUCAGAAGCCGACGACCGGCAAUUCAGCUCGGAGGACCAAUCCAGGAAGUGUGGUGGAAGACGCUGCCGCUGGGGUCAAUGGCCCUUCCCAGGGAGCUGGCCGUGCGACUGCUGUCAACCAAAGUGGCAGCCCAUCUAAGAAAAGGGACGCUCCAGAUACGUCUGAAAGACCGGCUACAGAUGCGAUCAGAAGGAACACUUCCCAAGGCCUUCCUCCUGGACGGCCAAAUGAUGAUGCAUCCAGAAUGAACACCACUCUAGGCAUACCGGUUGGGGCUGCUACCCGGCUUACCGCUCAUGCCCGUGGCGCUGGGGUUAGUGGUGCUGGAGCAGGCCCCGCUGGCUCCACUGGCCCAGACCCGUUCGCCAAUCAUCCCGGCUCCAGGCCAUCCAAUUCAGGUCGACCUAUUGCCAGUCAUUCUCUUGAACCCCGUCCCGCUGACGCUCAUCCUGCUGGCACCCACGCUACCGGCUCCGGUCCUCCUGGAACUGGGUCUAUACCGGGUCAUGCUGCUCCGCCCACCGGUAGUGGAAAUAGUGGUUCAGAAAGAGAGUGUAGAGCUGGUACUACCGGUGCUGGUCCGUCUGAAAGCAGUCGUUCCGAUAGCAGCACUGGCGCAACCGGUCCUGCUCGACUCAGUCAUUCCGGUGGUAGCUUUGGUACUCCGGGAAGUGCUCCCGGAAGCGUUCGUUUUAGCAACAGUGACUCCGAUAGUAUCGUUGCUGCUACUGGAAGCCCUCGCGGUAUGGAUCAAUCAAGUAGCCAUGGCGGUGGAUCGGGGCGGCAUCAGAAGGCCCAUCAUCCUAUGCAAAAAGCUUACGCAGUGUGA